ACUCAGCUUUUCAAAAUAUUUAUCAAAAUGCAAGGUGGGAUAGACCCCGAAUCUGAAUCAGAAAAAGAAGUUGCGGAUUCCACCAUCAUAUCCAGCAAAACCCUGUAUAAAUCAGGGGUCCCUCAGCUGGAGAUCCCAUUUGCAGUACAGGAUGUCAUCUCUAGGAUUGAGCAAGCACAGCUUUAUCGAGCCAGAGAGGACAUUAACAUGCAGCUGACUGACAUACUGCUCAAUGUGCAGCGGAUAAUAAAUCGCUACACUCUUGAUGAGAACAUGCACUCUGGAAGAAAAAACUCCCUUACAGAAUAUAAGAAACGGAGAGUAAAUUUCCUGGAGAAAAUAGUUACUUACACUAAGAAUGCUGAAAUUAGAGAAAAGACUCUUGUGUACAUCCUGGCCUGGUUGGAAGAAUGGAAUGCCAUUUUGUCUGAGAUGACUGCAAUUGAUAUUGAGGAACACCACCACUGGAUAGCACAAAUGGAGUUUUUACCAGAAAUGUUCAAAGCUAUUGAGAACAAUGUCAAGAUACUGAGUAGAAUUUGUGUAUCUUUGGUUGAAGAAAAGAAGCAACAAAGGAAAAAAAUAACAUCUAGAGGUACUCUAUGGAAAUCUUGGAAAGAAAGAGUUAUAAAGCGACCUGCAACAGCUCAUGCUUUAAGACCAGAUCAGAUGAUUAGCGAUGAAUUCGCAACAAAUACAAAGGUUUCAGAAAUCCAGUAUAUGCUACAGGAACUCAUAAACAGUAUGAUGUUCAAUAAAUUGGAAAACAAUGCUAUUAAAUAUAUAUCAUCAACAAUAAUAAACCUUUCUAAAGCUCUGAGUACACUAAAUGAGGAACUAAAAGUUUUUAACCUCGAGAGUGCCAAUAUGUAUAUAAGUGAGACAAGUGAAAAGGAAAAAGAGCUCUCCCUGAAGAUAAUGCGAGAGCUCAGUGAAAAAAAUGAAAUGCUUCAGCAGAAACUUCAAGAUGCAGAAGAAAAAUAUGAACACUUUAUUAGGUCCAAAGGUGUUGUAGAACCCCAAGUAGGUACAGCAUUACCCACAUCAACCUUGAAAGUGUUGCCUGAACUUUCUUCACAAUCAUCCACUAGCAAAGCUGACAUAGAAGACAGUGUAGAUGAUAUUUUGGUUAAAGAAUUUGAAAGUAUUAUAGAUGAGGCCCAAACAAAAGGGACCAAAGGCUUGGGGACCAAGUGGGACUCAGCUAUUUCAUAUACAGCCCCAGUUGAAAUGACUUCAGAUUCAAUUGACAAGCGAUAUCCUUUACUUGAAAAAAACCAAAAAAAGUCUUCUGAAGAUAUCACUGAAGAUAAGAUAUCACUGAAGAAAGGUGAUGACUAUCAGAAAGAUGGGACUGACCAGUAUCAAUCACAGAAAAAAAAGCGAACUAAAGGCCCAUAUAUGCAUGAGACCUCUGGAUUAAAUGUGAGUGAUGAUAAAGGUAAAGAAAAAGAUUCAGAGACCAAACUUGAUUACUAUUUGGAGCUGCAGUCACGGGAAAAGAAGAGAAAAGAAAUAAAAUCCUUUUUGGAAGACAAAUCAAAGUCAUCCACUGAAUCAAGAAGUCAGCAUGUCCCUGCUGAUUACCCUUCUGCUGACACAAAAAGCCCAGGGUUCAGAAGUGGAACAAGUAGCAUAUGGGAACAACUCAGGAAGCUUAAACCUGAGUAUUCACGUGACAAAAGCCAGAUUUCUUCAGAGAAUAAAGAGGAAUCCACCACUGAGUCAAUGGACAAAGAGAGCAAAAGUGAGACAAGCAGCCCGGCAGAGCAAUUCGCAUUCACCCAACUUGGUGAUCCCUCUGAGAAAGUGAAAACAAAAGGAAAGAAACACCACAUCUCUCCAGGAACCACCACAAGGAAACAGAGAAAAACUGAAGAGGACAUAUCAGUCUUCACCAAGAAAGUCAAGUCUCACGGACUUGUGAAGCCAAAAUCUAGGGUAACAGAAGAGACUUCAGAAGCUACCAGAGUUCUAGGAAGUCCAGACAGCAAAAGUGAAGAGAGUAACCUAGAAGAAUUUCAAAAAGCCAUAAUGGCUUUCCUAAAAGAGAAAAUUGAUAACAUAGGAAAGCCUUUGGAUAAAAAGGCUGUGCCAAAAGAGGAGUUAUUAUUAAAAAUGGCAGAGGUUGAAAAAUUAGGAAUCAUAAAGGCAAAAAUAGAGGAAUAUUUCCAAAACGUGGCUGAAACUGUGACAAAAACCUUGAGGAAAUACAAAGAUAUAAAAAGUACAGGACAAGUUGAGGACAAACCUAUUAAACGAAAAAAAGAAGUCUCAUUUAUGCCCGGAGUGCAUUUUCAGAAGCCCAUUAGUGCAAAGUCUGAAAUUAGCACCUUGCUGUCAUCUAAGAGCAUGGACCCGCUAACUGACAAUUUAAUACAAGCGAUCUUGACUGAAAUAGAAGGGGAAAAAGACGCUCCAGUAGCCUCAACAGUAGGGAGAGACCACAAGGAAAAGGAAAAACAAAGGCGGGAGGAACACUUGCAAGAAGGUCAAGAAAAAAUAUUUGGUAAGGGUCUCAAACACCAGUUGCAAGAAGGGAGUUUCUGGAAGAAGAGCUAUGAGAUGACAAAUAAAAAAUUGCAGGAGAAAGAGUCAUGGCUCCAGACGAAGGAAGGAAAGCAAGGACAACAGAAGCGGAAACAGUGGCAGGAAAAGGAAAUGUGGAAGGAACAGCAGAAACAGAGGAUGCAAAAGCAAACUGAGCAAGAUGAGGAACAAAUGCAAAGUGAAGAGGAAGAUUACCAGAAGCCAAAGCAGCAGCAGCUGGAAGCAUGGAAUAAAAAAAUGGAAAAACAAGUGGUGCCCUUGGAGAAGGAGAAGGGACAGCAGAAGAGGCAUGUUCAGAAGGAAGUGAGACAUCAGGAGCUGGAAAUAAAUUGGGAGAAGGAGCAGAAGCAGAAGCCAAGGAGAAAUGUAGAGGACCAUGAAAGGCAGAGGGAGAAGAAACCAAAGGAUCAGAUGAAGAUUAAUGAGAAAAACUCCGAAGAACAAGAGAUGUUCAGCCAAACUUCAGUGACAAGGUCUCCCCGGGGGAAGAGCAUACCAAAAGUAGCAUUCCAGUUACACGAAAGAAAAAAGUUCCAUGGGCAUCCUAAGGCAUUAGACAUUCUUGCUGAUGGAAAGCACGCUAUACCAUUCACUCCUCCUUCCUCCACACAAUCGCCCUCACCCAAGGCCUUUCCACUUUCUGGACAGUCUCCCACAAAGUUCCUCACUCUAACUCCUCAACAGGCCCAGGCACUGGGGAUCAGUGUCACCCCUCAGCAGGCCCAGGCACAGGGGAUCACUCUCACCCCUCAGCAGGCCCAGGCACAGGGGAUCACUCUCACCCCCCAGCAGGCCCAGGCACAGGGGAUCACUCUCACCCCUCAGCAGGCCCAGGCCCUGGGAUCACUCACCCCUCAGCAGGCCCAGGCACUGGGGAUCACUCUCACCCCUCAGCAGGCCCAGGCCCUGGGGAUCACUCUCACCCCUCAGCAGGCCCAGGCCCUGGGGAUCACUCUCACCCCUCAGCAGGCCCAGGCCCUGGGGAUCACUCUCACCCCUCAGCAGGCCCAGGCCCUGGGGAUCACUCUCACCCCUCAGCAGGCCCAGGCCCUGGGGAUCACUCUCACCCCUCAGCAGGCCCAGGCCCUGGGGAUCACUCUCACCCCUCAGCAGGCCCAGGCCCUGGGGAUCACUCUCACCCCUCAGCAGGCCCAGGCCCUGGGGAUCACUCUCACCCCUCAGCAGGCCCAGGCCCUGGGGAUCACUCUCACCCCUCAGCAGGCCCAGGCCCUGGGGAUCACUCUCACCCCUCAGCAGGCCCAGGCCCUGGGGAUCACUCUCACCCCUCAGCAGGCCCAGGCCCUGGGGAUCACUCUCACCCCUCAGCAGGCCCAGGCCCUGGGGAUCACUCUCACCCCUCAGCAGGCCCAGGCCCUGGGGAUCACUCUCACCCCUCAGCAGGCCCAGGCCCUGGGGAUCACUCUCACCCCUCAGCAGGCCCAGGCCCUGGGGAUCACUCUCACCCCCCAGCAGGCCCAGGCCCUGGGGAUCACUCUCACCCCUCAGCAGGCCCAGGCCCUGGGGAUCACUCUCACCCCUCAGCAGGGCCAGGCACUGGGGAUCACUCUCAACCCUCAGCAGGGCCAGGCACUGGGGAUCACUCUCACCCCUCAACAGGCCCAGGCACUGGGGAUGACACUCACCCCUGAGCAGGCUCAGGCACAGGGGAUCACUCUUUCCCCUCAGCAGGCCCAGGCACAAGGGAUCACUCUUACUCCUCAACAGGCCCAGGCACAGGGGAUCACUCUCACCCCUCAGCAGGCCCAGGCACUGGGGCUCACUCUCACUCCUCAGCAGAUCCAGGCACAUGGCAUCACUCUUAGCCCUGAGCAAUUCAAAGCAUUGGUAGUCACCCUCACCCCCGAGAAAUGCCAGAGCUUGGGUUUCGCACUCACCCCUGGGAAAGUUCAGGCAAGUGGGUCUCCUCUCACUGGAGCACAGGCCUGGGAACUGGGCAUCCCUAUUACUCCAGAAAGUGCCUUGUUGUCAGCUGUCACUCUUACACCUGAACAGACCCAAGCUUUAGGUGCCCCUCUCUCCUCAGAACAGGCUCAAGCAUUAGGUGUUUCUUUCUCUCCAGAACACUUCUGGAAAUUUGGGGUCCCUCUCACCUCAGAUAAAUUCCAUGCUAUAGAGUCUCCCUUUGAGCAAGCGCAAACUUUGGGAGCCCCCUUCAUCCCAGGACAAUCCCAUCCCAUGGGUAUUACUCUCAUGUCUGAGGAGGACCAACAAUCAAGUGAACAGCCCUCACCACUUGGGGCCCAUUCUUCUUUAGAACAAACCCUGAAAGUUGGGAUCAUUCCUGUUACUGAUAAGUUCAUUACACCAGGUGCUCCUCACAUUUCUAAGCAGGUCCCCACAUUGGCUCCUUCCAGUCUUAGAUCAUUUCAAAGAUUGGCUCCUAUUGCUGAGAAGUCCUCUGUAUUUGAGAUCUCUUCUACUCCUUCGCAGAUAUCAAGGUCUCCUCUUUCCCAAGCCCCUGGGAAAUUGCUAGGAAUGAGAAUUCCUUCUGACCCUGGGAAGCUCCUGGUACCACAGACUUUUCCCUCCUCUAAACAGUCCCUGAUUUCUGAAGGUCAAUCCACCUCUGUUCGGUUUGUAGCACCAGAGGUCCCUCUGGCCCCUGGGAAGCUUGCACUGGAGACCCUUCUUCGUGCUAGAAAGUUCUUAAGAGACUCUUGGACUCCUCAGCUACCUCUGAUAUCAGAGGCUCCUCUUGCCCCCAGGCAGCCCUUUAUAUCUGGAGUCCCACUCUCCUCUGCACAAAUUCCCAGUCUCUUGGCUCCUCUUUCCCCUAGGGAGCCCUUAGUUCCUGGGACCUCUUCCAUCCUGGAACCUAGACCCUUAACACUCUCUGAGCAGCCCCAGGCAUUCCAGCCCCCUGCCACCUAUGAGCAAUCUCUCUAUCUACAAGUCCCUUCUCCUCUUGGGCAGCAUCAAGCUUUCCCACUAUGGAUCCCUCCCAUCCCUGGGCAUCCUCCAACACUAUGGACCUCCCCAACCCCUGGAAAACCCCAGAAAGAUAUGUCCUCUUCUAUAUCUAAGAAAAGUAAGGAAAGAUUAGUAAUUAUUUCUUCUCUGAAAUCUAAAUCAGUCCCUUUUACUGCUAAGAACUUCCAAAUAUCAGAGGUCUCUGACACUUCUGAAGAAAUCCAGACACGCCAUGAUACUACUGCCAUGGAACAAUUUCAGUCCUAUCUCACCAAUUACAGGACACCAGUAUCACAAGCCCCUUACAUUGGUGGGAGGGCCCUUCCCCCUCUCACGAAGCCUCUUACUACUAAACUACCCAAAACAUCACAGAUCUCAUCUUCUGAAUGGGACCGGAAAACCCAGUUCCCCCCUAUAGACAAGUCCUGGAUACUGACUUCAGAUUCAGUUACCAAGAAACCCAAGAUGAUGGUGCCCCCUUCCUCUCCCCAAGAGCUCAAACAGCAGGGGUGUUUUGUUGAUGUGGAAGCUCAGAGAAAGAACCUGAUACUCUUAAGUCAGGCCACAGAAUCUUCUGGACUCCCUUCGCAGCUACACACAACAGCUAGGAAUCUCAUAAUUGAGACACUUCAUAUGGACACAGUUCGGCUGGGUUACCUAUUCCGCAAGUACAUUGCUUACAGGCUGAUCCAGCGUGCAAGAAACAAUAUAAUCAGACGAUUACAAGCCAUCCAAAACACUGGGAAAGGUUAUGAGACCCAGAACCUCUUCAUAAUGCUAAGCAGAAUUGAUGACUACCAGAAAAAGAUGAUGCAGGUCUGGACCAACAAGCAGAAGUCUUUAGAGCAGAAACGGAAUCAGUGCCUGAGGAAAAUGAUGCACUUAUUUAGCCAGCUUCAAGAGAUGUAUAAAUUGAAUCUUAGUCAACCUAUCCCUUUGAUCAUCGACAAAAAGCAGAUACCUGCCUCUACCAAAUUUGUUCAACAACCAUUCCUAGAGCUGCUAAUAGAAGAAGACAGAAAGUCUGACACAUUCAAGAAAUUUCGACAAGGAGACCAAAUGGGAGCUAUCUGGAAUGCUGAUCUGUCAACUUCAAGCUACCCAAUAACAGAGAAGAUAGCAAUACAUUCGCCCUGGGCCCAGCUGGGUGGAUACCCAGAUAUUCCUAUGCUACUCCAGUUAGAUGUUCAGUCUACCUUCAGAAAAUCUCUUGCAUCCAUUAAAUCACAGCUUAAGAAGAUUCCCAAGUGACUGUAAAAUUAAACACAAGCAUGUUGAAGGUAAAUUCCAG